AUGGAUGUCGCAGAACCAGUACGACUUGACGGAAGAAAGCUGGAAGGCGGAGGCCAACUGGUCCGCAUAGCAGUCGCAUUGUCUGCUCUAACUGGUCAGGCCGUUGUAAUUGACAACAUCAGAGGCAAUCGACAAGGCAAGAAGGGCCUCAAAGCUUCCCAUCUAGCUGCGAUCACGACCCUCGCAGAACUAAGCGGGAGUCAACUCGUGAAGGCGCAGGUAGGCUCAUGCUCUGUUGGAUUCUAUCCUCCGUCGCACGAGCAAGGACAACAAGCUCGCCAAAGCGACUCAAAUAUCGACAUCCGCCUACCGACCCCGGGCUCUGUCUUCCUUGUGUUCCAAGCGCUCUAUCCAUAUCUUCUGCACUCCACAUCCGCGGACCAAAUCCGCGUGAGCAUCAUUGGUGGUACCAAUGUCUCGUCUUCGCCAUCAUUCGACUAUGUCUCCCAGGUGCUGAUCCCUAAUUUCGCACGGGUCGGGUUGCCGCCACUUUCUGUGCGUUUGGAGCAGCGCGGGUGGGCGACGGGUCACGGACAGAUGGGAAAGGUGAUCUUUACGGUUGACAGUCUGAAUGUGCGGAGGGGAAACGGCGGGUCCGACGGCGACUGCCCGAGCCACGAGAUUGAUCUGCAGCUCUUCCGGCGCGGUACAAUUUCCAAGAUCGACAUCACAGUGCUCGCCCCUGAUGAUCAUCUCGAUCAAUCUGAGACGGAAUCGCAGUACUCCAAGGGAAAGGCAAAGCCCGGGCGCUCAAAAAACGCCGCUCAACAACAUGUUGAUACCGCGCAAAUUGGUAAACCGGAAACUGUACGCCAGUUUAUGGAGCGUUACGCCCACAAAUCCCUUCGCAAACGGCUCAAGGAGUUACCCCGAGCCGUUUUUACCCACCGCUCAUCUGAAGAAACUGAUCUGGGAGUCGUCCCCGUCCAGACCCAUACCACCGAGGUCACGCAUCGUCGAUCAUGCAUGUACGUGCUGAUCGUAGCCCAUACAUCAAAUGGGUUUAGGAUAGGGCGCGAUACGUUAUAUGGGUCGUUGAAGGAUGAACCAAAACCCAAGAAGCGCCAAAAUAAGCCGCGAGAGGAUAUGGUCACUAGGGUAAAAGGAUUGGUUGAUGAAUGUGUGGAUAACUUCGCUCGAGAGCUUUAUGACCCCCUGCUGCAACCGAGCCCAGAUGGUUUAGGGACUGCUGGGCGCCAACCUUGCGUGGAUGAACACAUGAGGGACCAGCUGGUUGUUAUUGAAGCGCUAGCGAGGAAAUCGGGAAAUAAAAAUCAACAAGAUCUUGAGAGCCGGGAAGAUGAGAGAUAUUGGAGUUUGCACACGCAGACAGCUCAAUGGGUCUGUCAAGAAAUGCUGGAACAGAAGUAA